AUGUCGUCUAAACCCGCCGUCAAGCCGGCCCUCACCCCCACCUUCACCGGCUCCGACUAUGCCAAGUUCUUUACAGCCGGUGCUUUGUGUUGCACGCUCUCGCAUGGGUUUAUGACACCCAUUGACGUGGUGAAGACCCGCAUCCAGAUCGACCCUGCGCUCAAAGGCUACAAUCUGGUGACCGGAGCACGCAAGAUUGUUGCUGCCGAGGGUCCCAGGGGUCUUAUCACUGGUGCUGGGCCUACGUUUGUUGGUUACUUUCUCCAGGGUGGUGCCAAGUUUGCCGGGUAUGAAGCUGCUAAGAAGUACCUCGUCGAUCUGAGCGGUUCACGAGAAAAGGCCAUCGAGUACCGCACAGCGAUCUAUCUCGGUGGUGCUGCCAUUGCCGAGUUCUUUGCCGACAUCCUCCUCACGCCCGCUGAGGCGACGCGUAUCCGCCUCGUCUCCAACCCCAAGUUUGCAAACGGUAUGGUGCCGGCAUUCACUAAGAUCCUCAAGACUGAGGGCGUCGGCGCGCUGUACGCCGGAUUCAUUCCCAUCCUGUGCAAGCAGAUCCCAUACGCAAUCGGACAGUUCACCGUCAACGAGCGCUGCCUCGAGUUCAUCUACCGGCGCAUGACGCCCGAGAAGCGCAAGAAUCUCACCUCUGGCCAGCACUUUGGGAUCACGCUUACGAGUGGUAUUAUCGCUGGUUUUGCAGCUGCAAUCCUCUCGCACCCUGCCGACACACUGCUCUCGCAGAUCAACAAGGGCCACGGGCCCGAGGGUUCGCAAGUGCAUCGCUUGGUCGCGAUCGCCAAGCAGGUCGGCUUCCAGGGCCUGUGGGCUGGCCUCGGCCCGCGUAUGAUCAUGACUGCUGGUCUGGUUUCGUCCCAGUUCGUCAUGUACGGCUGGAUCAAGAGGGCGCUUGGUGCUCCGGCGGGAAUCGAGAUUCACAAGGAGACCAAGGCGCCCAAGUAG